CCUGCAUAGUGCAGAGAUCCUAAUAAUAAUCUUACAGUGUAGUCUCCUUACGAGCAACCACAAGACUGCUCACAGAAUGAAAAGGGCGAUUAAAGUUCCGUGGCUGCAACACUACGGAUCGCUCCUGGUCUCCAUUACCCCAAGACCCCCCAGAUUGAUUGGAGCUGCCUUCUUUCAUCCCUACAAAAUAUUGAACCCGGCGUUACACCACAGGAUCUUCAGGUGCUGUCUGGCCAAGUUAUCAAAUCCUGAAUUUCCCCGGACAUGGCACACCCACACACAUCAGAGUUUUGAUCUUCUACUCCUUAUGUUUCCCAGUGCGGUGGCAAUUGCGAAGUGCUAAAGUACUCCGUACCCAGUACAGAAUAACUAGUUAGCUUAGUCUGAUUUACUGACUACUGAAAGCUGCAAGGCAACUAACUGCCUUGUCCGCCAUUCUGGCUCGUGCUUUACUUAUGUUCUUGUUUUGUUUUGUUUCUGGUUGUUUUAGUGAGCACGCUAAAUGGAUAAUCCACCCCAAGUUGGGUCCCUUGAUUCAAUGUGGCCCAGAACAUCAAUGCUGAAU